AGUCUCGCGAAUUUCAUUCAAGAAAAGAGGUUGAAAAUUAAAUGCUCCUCGUUGCUAUAUUUUCUUUUCAUUCAUUUUUUAAUCUCAUUGUGAAAUCUUGAGUAAAAUUUAUUUGGAGGAAUAAUCUUCAUUUCGUUUCAAACGUGCAUUCUAAAGAAGUUGACUUGUCAUCAUGAGUAGUGAAAUCGUAAAAUCAAAUAAAAUUGCGGAGAAAUUAAGGAAACAAGGAUUUGAUUCAAUGCAAAAUGGAGAAAUUUAUGAAGCGAUUUUGAAAUUCAAUGAAAGCUUGUGCAAUGCUGAGUCUGAUACAAAAAUAAUGAGAACAAUUUAUGCCAAUCGAGCUGAAACAUAUUUCAAACUUAAGAUUUAUGAUAAAUGCUUAAACAACAUUCAACUAGCGAGAGAUCAAAAUUGUCUUCCAGACAAAAUGAAAUCCUUAGACGACUUGCAGGAAAAGUGUUUGGAAGAGUUUAAUGAAGAUCAGACGACAAAUGAAAAUCCUUGGGAUUUCUUUAAACUUUCUUAUCCUGCCAACAAAAGACUUCCCUUUGUAGCUGAUUGUCUUGAAGUGAAAUGUGACAACAAGUAUGGUCGUCACGUUAUCACAAAUAAACCUCUGAAAGUUGGUGACAUUCUUGCAAUCGAAGAACCUUUCUUUAAGAUUGUUAAAUCUGAUCCAGAAGACAAUGAAUAUCCAAUGGCAAACAUCUACGUCUAUUGUGCAUACUGUUUAAAUGACAACCUAAUGGAUUUGAUUCCCUGCACUGAAUGCUUAACGACGAUGUUCUGUUCAACACGAUGCCAACAAGAAGCAAACAAAAGUUUUCACAAAUAUGAAUGCAAUUAUUUGGAAUUUUUAAACAACACUGGAAAUUGGCGAAUGCCAUUGCGUAACUUCUUUCAUUCAUUAUCAAUUUGUGAUGAUUCGAUUGAAGAAUUAGAAAAGUUGAUGAUUGAAAGUGACAGUGAGUCACCAACUGUGUACAACUACGCGAUGGAUGAUCAGAGAGAUCCUGAUACAGUGAAGAAUCAUUUGAAAUGCAUGAUUGGAUUGGCAAGAAGAGUUGUCGUUACUGUUAGAAAUUUCAGCGAAUUUUUCACUCAUCAUCCAUUGCUGUCAAGUGCAUGGUGCACUCAUCAAGAAUUUAUCAAGAAAUUUCUCAAAAGAAUGAUGCAAAUCGAGAUUCUCAACUUUCAUGGCAUCAAAGGACGAUCACUUGAUAGAAACAAUCCUUACCGAAGUUCUGUAGGUGACGGCGGUUAUGCAUUCUGUUCAUUAUUAAAUCAUUCAUGCUGCUCUAAUGUUAUGAGAAUCGUUGUUGAAAAUCGAAUGGUGGUGAUUGUUGAACGUCCUAUUAAGAAAGGAGAACAAAUUUUUGAUUGCUACAUUGGUGAUAGUUUUUACUUCAAAACGAAAAAUUCACGUCACAUGGAAUUGAUGGAUUAUCAAUUCAUUUGUGAUUGCGAAGCGUGUACUUACGAUUUCCCUGAGUUAUUGACCGGAGCUUUGCAAGCAUGUGACAAAACUCUUCUUCAUUACGCACAACAAGCUUACAAUGAAUUACGCAAUCCAAAGAAGAAGCUGACACCAAUGGAAGCACGUGAAUUAGCUUUGAAAUAUUCGAAAAUUAUGCAAAGAUGUUAUCGUGAAAAUAAUUACCCGUGCAGGGAAAUCGUGCUGCUUGAGCUUUGUACAGUUAAAUGUUUUUUAAUGGCUUCUAAAUCGAACAUAUCUUUUCCUUAAUGAACUAAAAGAAAUAAACAAAAUAAUCUCACCAUGUAAAUGUUUAUUUUUUUACUAAAGUUUUGUGUAAUAAUUUUAUGGAAAUACAACUGAAGGCUGAGCUUGUUUGAAUAGAAAGUUGGCAAUGCAUCUGAGUAACAGACAAAGUUCAAGGCAUGGAAAAUUUUGAUUAUUUUUCUCCAGAAUGUCACAACAAUCACGAAACUUUUUAAAAGCUUGAUUAUGUUGAAGUGUUAACAUUUCAUCGUCAGUUUUCUUAGCGAAUUUCAGUAGCUUCGGAUCUUUAAACUUCAACAUUGGUGGAGUUGGAAAGUUUUGUGUGCAAGCUUCACAGUCGCAUGCAAAUCCGAAAUCUUUAAGAAGAAUUUCUUGACGUUCCUGCUUUUGAUGUUGCAGAAAAGAUAUUCUGUAAUUAUUUAAUUAUUUUUAUGUUAUUGAAAGGCAAAUAAAGACAAAUGAAAUUACUUGUAACAA